UUUUGUUUGAUCCCUCUAAUGCCCAUUAUCAUUCUUAAGCCUUCCCAUAUGAACUCAUAUGAUUUUCUACAGUUAUGGCUCCACCACCUCAAUCUCCUUAUCCUAUUUGCCAUUUUGGGAUACACAAUCUUCAAAAUGACCCGUCGCAGGCAGGUCUACCUCCUCGACUUCUCCUGCUACAACCACCAUCUCCCGCACUCUUCAACCCUCACACUCGACAAAUAUAUAAACACCUGCAAGCUCUACGGCACCUAUAAUGACACAUCCAUCGAGUUCAUGGACAAAAUUCUUAAGCGAUCAGGCAUUGGCGACGACACGACAGUGCCUACAACUAUGACGAGCCUUCGACCCGAUUUGUCCCUAGCAGCGUCGAGAAAAGAAGCCGAGGAUAUGAUAUUCGAUGCCUUGGACAAUUUAUUUGCUAAUAAUGUCGAUGUUGAACCUGUGGACAUCGAUGUUCUUGUCGUCAACGGCGGAACUUUUAGCCCGCCACCUUCACUUUCAGCCAUGGUUAUGAAUAAAUACAAGAUGAGGAACAAUGUUAGAAGCUUUAAUUUAAGUGGCAUGGGGUGUAGUUCUGGAUUGAUAGCCAUUGAUCUAGCCAAUAAUAUGCUUCAAGUAUAUAAAAACAGCUACGCCAUUGUUGUUACCACGGAGAACAUCACCAAUAAUUUCUACCCUGGAAAUAAGAAGCAAAUGUUGGUACCCGUUUGCUUGUUUCGACAGAAUUGCACUGCGAUUCUUCUCUCGAACCGAAGCUCCGACCGGUGGCGGGCAAAGUAUAAGCUUGCCCAUUUGGUGAGGACGCACAUCGGGGCCGAUGACCUAGCAUUCAAAUGCGUAUAUCAGGAGGAAGACGAUGAUGGUAUCACUGGCAUUGCGUUAUCGAAAGAUGUCGUGGUCAUGGCAGGAGGCGCUCUAAGAAGAAACAUCACUACUCUCGGUCCUCUCGUUCUUCCAUUACGAGAGCUACUUCGGUUUUCCGUCAUGUUUGUUGCUAAGAAGCUCUUCAACCCUAACAUGAAGGGUUAUGUUCCUAAUUUCAAGUUGGCAUUCGAGCAUUUUUGCAUCCAUGCCGGAGGGAAGACCGUGAUCAACGAAAUCCAAAAGAAGCUUCGACUUUCGGCCGACGACGUCGAGGCUUCAAGAAUGACACUACAUAGGUUCGGCAACGCAUCUUCGAGCUCAAUAUGGUAUGAAUUGGCAUACAAAGAGUGCAAAGGCAAGGUUUUGAAGGGAGAUCGAGUUUGGCAAAUUGCAUUUGGGAGUGGUUUCAAAUGCAAUAGUGGUGUGUGGGUGGCUCUCAUGGAUGUCAAGCCAUGUCCAAACAAUCUUUGGGAAGGUUGCAUUUCCAAGUACCCAAUACACUUGGAUCUUUAGGGCUCUUAUAGCCC